AUGCGGGCUAUGGGCUCGGAACUGCCCAUGAAGAUGGGAGCAAUAAAGGAGAACAUGAAUGCAUGGCUGAAACUUCAAAAAUCGUUGGAAAACAAUGGAAGCGAGCGAGGAUUCUUUGUCAUCCAUUCGGGUAUGGGUGUAAUGAUUGGAAAGAAAGUCAAACGUCUUGCAAGCGGCUUGAUACCGCCUAAAUACCCGAUAGGUUCGCUGGUAAAAAGUGUAAAGGAACCCCAAGUGAUCUUCGCGCGCGACACUGCCCCCGACUGGGACGGCACAGCAAACACGGUUGCUGUCAAAACCAUAAACAACAACAAUGAACUGGGUGACACCGACGAACGUAUGCACACGCCGCAGUACGCGAACGUGGUUCGACAUUGCAGCGUUCGCGGGUCACGAGAUUCCCAUGCCAGGCAGACACCAGGCACCGACGUCGACGUCGGCGGUGGUGGCGGCGACGGCGACGAGGACGACAUCAACAAUUGA